AUGGAGGGCCUACGGAGGCUGGCGAGCGAUCUCGGCCGGCACGACGACCCCAAACACGAGGUCUACCUUAGAAUCUUCAUCAAUACCGCAGCUGAUGGAACGGCUGCGUGGAAGGAGAAGGCGCUGGCGCUGGGCGUGGUGCCAGAGCUGCUCAAGCUGCUCCACCCGAGUUUCCCGGACGUCAAGCGCAUGCUUGCAGUGUACGCCCGGCUGCCGACCGAGCGGCGCGGUGGUGUGAUGGUCUCUGUAGACAAGUUUGAUGACGCGGUGCCCGACAGAUCGCUGCUGGGCCGCACGCAGGAGCUGGUGACCCGGCUGGCGGGCCUGCUAGACUAUGAGUCGUCGGCGAGCCUAGCCGUGGGCGAGAUCCCGGCCGAUGCGCUCAGGUGGAGUCAGCGCGUCGUCGUACAGGCCACCCGCGCGCUCACCAACCUCUUCUACGAGGAGAAUGCGCAGAAGCUGUUCUGCGAGGUCCAGCAGGGCGGAGCGCUCCAGAACGUGAUCGCGCUGCUUUCCUGCGCGAGCGCCGAGAUUCAGUUGCGCAUGGUCAACGUGCUCCUCAUGCUCAGCGCCAUGUCUGAGGAGGUGCGGCGCAAGCUGGUGGCGAGGCACGCCAUCAACCGGUUGAUGCGGCUGCUGCGCGCCACAAGCAACCCGCAGAUGCAACUGGCCAUCGCCCAAGUCCUGUGCAACUUGGCCGUCGACCAGACGGCGCAGGAAGUGAUUGUGAGCCAGCGCGCGAUCAUCAACAUCAUCGAUCUCCUGGUGGAGAGCAAGAACCGCGAGCUCCACACCGAAGUGGUGUCCACCCUCCUGAACGCCUCCAAGAAUGUCGAGGUGCGGGAUGAGAUCUGUCGUGCGGGCGGCAUUCCCAUCCUGCUGGGCCUGAUGGAGUCCAUCUCGCCCGCCACCGUCGACAAGAAGGAGGUCAACUUCCUCUCCGAGCUGCUCGCCAUCUGCGUCAAGCUCACCCUGCUCGACAAGCACAGGCGCAACUUGAAGUCGGAGCGAAGCGCGGCGCUGUUCGCCCGCUUGAGCAAGGCCAAUUCGAGCGAGGUCCGUGAGUUCGCCGACGAUGCCAUCAACAACCUCGGCGUCCCCGUGGAGGGUGAGGAGGAAGAGGAAGAGGAAGAGGUGGUGAUGGCGAUCGAUACGCGCGACGAGAACGAGCAGGGCAACCGGCGGUCGGUCAUGCCGACGCUGCGCCGACGCACCGGGGCGGCCACCGUCCGCGAGACCGAAGCCGAGAAGGCCGAGCGGGAGAGGCUGCAGCGUACCUACAUCAAGCGGCGGCAGAUCAUCAACGAGAUCCUCCAGACCGAGAAGGUCUACGUCAAGAACAUCGGACUCACCGUCACGGUCAAAUCGGUGAACCUGUCCGCAGACGACCUCAAAGGGCUGUUCUCGUCGAUCAAGACCAUUUGCGCACUGCACACGACGUUCCUGCGCGACCUGGAAAUUGAGCUCCAGUCACCCAAUCACGUCAAGCUCGGCAAGAUGUUCAUCGAGCUGGCGAAUUGGUUGAAGAUGUACAGUGGGUACAUCAACAACUACGACAAUGCGAUGCGGAUCCUGAGGCGGCUCAAGGACAAGUCGCCGUGGAUUACCUUCGAGAACGCUACGCGCCUGCAUCCCGACUGCAAGAUGCUCCGCCUCGAAGACUUCCUCAUCCAGGCACACUUCCCCCCCCCCAUCGCACACGACACACGACACGACUCGGAGCCAAACUCACCAAUUUGUCAACAGCCGAUCCAGCGCGUGCCGCGCUACGAGCUUCUGCUGCGCGACGUCAUCCAGUCAACACCGCAGUCGAGCCCGGAUCUCGGCGACCUCGUGCAGGCCAAGGACAGCAUCGAGCAGGCUGCCAAGUACCUCAACGAGGCCAAGCGCAAGGCCGAGGCGCAGCGUCAGCUGGUCAACAUGGUCCCGCUCAUCCUCAACUUGAUUCAGCCCGACCGGGAGCUGAAGAAGCAGGGCGUGAUCCUGGCGGCCACGAGCAGGAAGCAGUCGGCCUAUCGGUACCUCUUCCUCUUCAACGACGUCCUGCUCGCCACCAAGCCCAAGCGUAUGGGCAAGCUCUACCACUUCAAGCGCUUCUUCAACCUCGCCGUCACCCGCUUCGACGACGUCGCCGAUUCUCUCGAUCUGAAGAACGCGUUCAAGCUGACCUCGCCGGGAGAGCCGGGGCAGGAGGGCUCGCUGGUGUUCUACACGUCACUUCCCGAGGAGAAGCAGGCCUGGGCCACCCUCCUGCGCGAGUGCAUCGCCUCGUCGCUCGCCCGCUUCAGUGGACCCUCGCAGCAGCAGCAGCAACAACAACAACAACAACAGCUCGGUACUCCUGUGGGUGAGCGUCGCGUGGGCUCGAUGGUGGACAUGCCCUUGUCCUCGAUGGCCGGCUCGACGGCGCUCUUGAGGACAGAGACCGACGACCGCGACCGCGACCGUGGCCAAACGAAGUCGCAGGAGCGAGAGCGCGACCGGGAGCGAGACCGGGAUUGCAAGAAGUCACCGGAGCGAGACCGCGACCGAGACCGAAGGAAAUCGCAAGACCGAGACCGAGACAGGGAGCGAGACCGGAGGAGGUCCCCGGAUCGUGACCACGACAGAGCCCGGGGCGAUUCGGAUGCCUCCGCUUCGAGCAAGUCGAACAGCCUCAGGCCUCAGUCCUCGUCUUCGUCAUCGUCGUCUCGUUCGCACGCAUCGAGUGGUAGAACGGUGCCCCAGGUCGUGUUGAGCGACGACAGCGAAGGAGGCGGCGCCUCUUCCACGUCUUCGGCCUCAUCGAUGUCCGACAAAUCGCCCCGAAAGGGCUCGACGUCGUCGCUGAGAAGUGCGAGCAGCAGCAAGGAGAAGAGCAGAAACCCGAAGAACAUGACGUCGUGA